CACGCGCGCGGCGGGGGCGGGCUCAGCAGAGUGCGGAGCUGCAACCUGGGAGCAGGACGUGUCCGCGAAGAUGGCGGGCCGGACUAUGCAAGCUGCGAGAUGCCCUACUGAUGAAUUAUCUUUAAGCAACUGUGCAGUUGUGAAUGAAAAGGAUUUCCAGUCUGGCCAGCAUGUGAUGGUGAGGACGUCCCCCAAUCACAAGUACAUUUUCACGCUGAGGACCCACCCAUCUGUGGUUCCAGGAUGCAUCGCAUUCAGCUUACCUCAGCGAAAAUGGGCUGGACUUUCUAUUGGGCAGGACAUAGAAGUUGCCUUAUAUUCGUUUGACAAAGCCAAGCAAUGCAUCGGCACAAUGACCAUCGAGAUCGACUUCCUGCAGAAAAAGAACAUCGACUCCAACCCUUAUGACACGGACAAGAUGGCAGCCGAGUUCAUCCAGCAGUUCAACAACCAGGCCUUCUCAGUGGGUCAGCAGCUUGUCUUUAGCUUCAAUGACAAGCUCUUUGGAUUACUGGUGAAGGACAUUGAAGCCAUGGAUCCCAGCAUCCUGAAGGGAGAGCCUGCGUCAGGCAAAAGGCAGAAGAUUGAAGUCGGACUGGUUGUUGGAAACAGUCAAGUUGCAUUUGAAAAAGCAGAAAAUUCGUCACUCAAUCUUAUUGGCAAAGCUAAAACCAAGGAGAAUCGCCAGUCCAUCAUCAAUCCGGACUGGAACUUUGAGAAGAUGGGGAUCGGCGGCCUGGAUAAGGAGUUCUCAGAUAUUUUCCGACGAGCGUUUGCUUCGAGAGUGUUCCCUCCGGAGAUCGUGGAACAGAUGGGUUGUAAACAUGUUAAAGGCAUACUGUUAUACGGACCCCCUGGUUGUGGUAAGACUCUCUUGGCUCGACAGAUUGGCAAGAUGCUGAAUGCGAGAGAGCCCAAGGUGGUCAAUGGGCCAGAAAUCCUCAACAAGUAUGUGGGCGAAUCGGAGGCUAACAUUCGUAAACUCUUCGCUGAUGCUGAAGAGGAGCAAAGGAGGCUUGGUGCUAACAGUGGCUUGCACAUCAUCAUCUUUGAUGAAAUCGAUGCCAUCUGCAAGCAGAGAGGGAGCAUGGCCGGCAGCACCGGCGUGCACGACACCGUUGUCAACCAGCUGCUGUCCAAGAUCGAUGGUGUUGAGCAGCUGAACAACAUCCUCGUUAUCGGAAUGACCAAUAGGCCAGAUUUGAUAGACGAGGCUCUCCUUCGACCUGGAAGACUAGAAGUUAAAAUGGAGAUAGGCUUGCCAGAUGAGAAGGGUCGACUCCAGAUCCUGCAUAUCCACACAGCAAGGAUGAGAGGGCACCAGUUACUGUCUGCUGAUGUGGACAUUAAGGAACUGGCUGUGGAGACUAAGAAUUUCAGUGGCGCUGAACUGGAGGGUCUGGUGCGAGCAGCACAGUCCACAGCCAUGAACAGACACAUAAAGGCCAGCACAAAAGUAGAAGUAGACAUGGAGAAGGCAGAGAGCCUGCAGGUGACAAGAGGGGACUUCCUUGCUUCCCUGGAGAACGAUAUCAAACCAGCAUUUGGCACAAACCAAGAGGAUUAUGCAAGUUACAUUAUGAAUGGAAUCAUCAAGUGGGGUGACCCCGUGACCCGAGUUCUAGAUGAUGGAGAGCUGCUGGUCCAGCAAACUAAAAAUAGCGACCGAACACCACUGGUUAGCGUCCUUCUAGAAGGCCCUCCUCACAGCGGGAAGACUGCCCUCGCUGCAAAGAUUGCAGAGGAAUCCAACUUCCCCUUCAUCAAGAUCUGUUCCCCUGAUAAGAUGAUUGGCUUCUCUGAGACAGCCAAGUGUCAGGCCAUGAAGAAGAUCUUUGAUGAUGCUUACAAGUCUCAGCUCAGUUGUGUGGUCGUGGACGACAUUGAGAGGCUGCUCGAUUAUGUCCCCAUUGGCCCCCGGUUCUCCAACCUGGUGUUGCAAGCUCUUCUUGUGUUGCUGAAAAAGGCGCCUCCUCAGGGCCGCAAGCUCCUCAUCAUCGGGACCACCAGCCGCAAAGAUGUCCUACAGGAAAUGGAGAUGCUUAACGCCUUCAGCACCACCAUCCACGUGCCCAACAUUGCCACAGGAGAGCAGCUGCUGGAAGCUCUGGAGCUUUUGGGCAACUUCAAAGAUAAGGAACGCACCACAAUUGCUCAGCAAGUCAAAGGGCAGAAAGUCUGGAUAGGAAUCAAGAAGUUACUAAUGUUGAUUGAGAUGUCCCUGCAGAUGGAUCCUGAGUUCCGUGUGAGGAAAUUCUUGGCCCUCUUGAGAGAAGAAGGCGCUAGUCCCCUGGACUUUGAUUGAAAACGGACUGUUUACAACAGUGACCAAGGGAAGCGACCAAGGUGAAGAUGGCCUGGGACCGUCACUCCUCACACUCAAGACCCUGGAUUAAGUGAAGUGUCCCCCUCCCUCAACACACUCGCUCUGCAUGGCUCGUGCAGUAAACUCCCUCGUGCUUUGAGACGUCUAGUGUUCCCUGGACUGCGGUGCUUCCCUCCCAGGCUAGCUAAGAUGAUUCCUGCUUACAUGGGAGGCAUGCCACACCCAUGCACCCCGCCCCCACCGAGCUCUCUGCCACGCCCACCCUCGGAAAACACUUGACCUACCGAAGGUAGGCUUCUACACCUGACCAAGAGCAAAGGUGGAGGUCCCAAGGGAUUCGCUUAACACUUGGCCAUGCUAACAGCUGUGUACCCCACAGAACGAGUUAUUAGCUUUGCCUAAAGAACUAGGCUUUGAAUAUCUAAGAUGCUGUUCUCAAUCAUUUUCAGAGACAUUUCCAAGUUGCAAUCAGGAGAGCUUUUCUAAUCGGAAGUCAGAUCAUUCCUGUGGUGGCUGUGAUAUGCCCUGAGUGUAAUUAAUUUGCUCUGUGGUAAGAGAUAUGCUAAUCAUUACCACUUGGUAGAUGCUGUUAAAAACCUUAUGAAAGAUACAUAUGGAAAUCUGUACAUCCCUAAACAGAAAAAAAAAUUAAAAUAAUUUACAAGCCUCUCAAUUCUAAUUAGCGUCCAGCUGUAAGUGGGUCAGUUCCUUGGGAUGAUGUUAGAGGCCAAUUAGUGCCCAUCGUCUUCCUUUUCCUCAGCCUGAUGACUUAGAAUUCAUCCUCCCUGGAUCUCAAGUGAUCUGUAAUGUCUGAAACGUAUAAAUAAAACACUACUCCGCAGCAGAACAAGCCACCCCCUAGUCCUCUCCCUUGAAUAUCCAUUCCAGCGAACUCAAAACACCUCUUCCCAAAAGAGGAGGAACUCAGUGAGCCCUUUGGAGGGUGGUUUGCCUAACCAGUGGGUUAGAAGGAAUAUAAUUAGGUCAUUUAUGAAGAUGUCUUAGGGAGCACGCACUCUGCUGCCUAAAACACAAAGACAGCCAUCGGAGGCUCGCAGCUGCAGGGGCACCUGGGCGACUCUGACACUGUCCCCACCGUAGAAGGCAAAUCAUCUCCUAAUCUUGCUGUCUGUAUGCCUUGUUUGGGGUUUUCAUUCCUGGCUUAUUUUGUGGCUUUGAAAGAGUAGAUCGUGUUGUGAAACUGUGAUUCCCGUGGCCAGUGCCGUGGUUCCCCGCCCAUUACUGUGGUCCCUGUGGUCUCUGGCUCUGCCUUUCUCCUCCCGACAAAGUCCUACGUGGAUUAAUUUAUGUUCCUUGUUCAACAAAGUUAAUGUCUUGUGUUUUUGUCCAAAAUUAUAUUGAAAAAGAUAUUAUAUUGUGUAAUGCAAAUUGAAGGAAUGCAAUAAAGAGAAAAUAUACUUGAA